ACAAAAGUACCGAGCUUGGCUGAAGGCAAGAAGGGAAAGCCGACCCUUCUGGUAGUGGCCCGUUUGUUGUGUUUGAAAACAGUGUUUUCGUGUAUUUCUAUGUUUCGGAGUGCAUGUUAAAACUUUAACAUAAACGAAAACAAACGCAGUUCACUCUUCGGACGGUGUUGGGACGCUUUGUGGUGGGGCAAGUUUUUUUUUUUCUUUUUCUUUUUUUCUCUCAAUAGAAAGGCAGGCAUUUGGCGAGCUGCCGUAGACCAGUUGAAGUCUCAGAACCAGGACUAAGCAGCGAGUCGGGAAGACAGAGAGACCCAAGGGGACCACGGCACGGCCGCCGCCAACGCCACGGGGAGUCGGGACCCGAGAGGGAGCCUGCCAGGCCCUCGGCUUGAUGCACCCAGCCUGCCUUGCCUUAGCCACAGUCCGAGAUGGGGGAAACCAAAAUUAUCUACCACCUCGACGACCAGGAGACACCAUACCUAGUGAAGCUUUCUGUGCCAGCGGACAAAGUCACUCUCGCAGACUUCAAAAAUGUCCUCAAGAAACCAAAUUACAAAUUCUUCUUCAAAUCUAUGGACGAUGACUUCGGGGUGGUGAAGGAAGAAAUAUCUGAUGACAAUGCAAAGCUGCCCUGUUUCAAUGGACGUGUGGUGUCAUGGCUGGUUUCUGGAGAUGGAGCUCACACAGACACCGGCUCUGUGGCAGAUAGUAUAGAGCCGGCUCCACCUUUGGAGAGGACUGGGGGCAUCGGAGACUCAAGACCACCUUCCUACCACGCGAAGGCAGCGAGCGGUCGGGACAGUUUGGACAAUGACACAGAGACCUGCUCCAUAGUGUCUCAAAGGAGAGAGAGGGAGAGGCCAAGACGGAGGCAUACGAACGACCAUGGUGGAAGGCAGAAUGGCUACAUAUCACGAGCAAUGGGACGUGGAGGAGCCGAGUAUGACAGCUGCUCCUCCUUCAUGAGCAGCGAGCUGGAGUCCACCUCCUGCUUUGAUUCAGAGGAUGAUGAUGCAACCAGCAGGUUUAGUAGCUCCACUGAGCAGAGCUCCUCUCGACUAAUGAGACGACACCGGCGUCGCCGACGGAAACCCAAGGCUUCCAAUAUGGACAGGUCUUCAUCAUUCAGCAGCAUCACAGACUCCACCAUGUCUCUAAACAUCAUCACUGUUACUCUUAACAUGGAAAAGUACAACUUCUUAGGGAUCAGCAUUGUGGGUCAGAGCAAUGAGCGGGGGGACGGAGGGAUCUAUAUCGGCUCUAUUAUGAAAGGAGGAGCUGUGGCUGCAGAUGGACGCAUAGAGCCUGGGGACAUGCUGUUGCAGGUGAAUGACAUUAACUUUGAGAAUAUGAGUAAUGACGAUGCGGUCCGAGUUCUGAGGGACAUUGUGCACAAGCCAGGCCCCAUUACUCUGACUGUUGCAAAGUGCUGGGACCCAAACCCUCGGAGCUGCUUUGCUUUGCCCAGGAGUGAGCCAAUCCGACCCAUAGACCCAGCUGCGUGGGUGUCCCACACAGCUGCGAUGACCGGGGUUUACCCUGCAUAUGGUAUGAGCCCUUCCAUGAGCACCGUCACCUCCACCAGCUCCUCCAUCAGCAGCUCUAUCCCCGAAACUGAACGAUUCGAUGACUUCCACCUCUCGAUCCACAGCGACAUGGCAACAGUUGCUAAGGCCAUGGCCUGUCCAGAGUCAGGUCUAGAAGUGCGGGACCGUAUGUGGCUUAAGAUAACCAUCGCCAAUGCCUUUAUUGGUUCUGAUGUGGUGGACUGGCUUUUCCAUCAUGUGGAAGGGUUCUCGGAUCGCCGUGAAGCACGUAAAUAUGCCAGCAACCUGCUGAAAGCUGGCUACAUCCGACACACUGUCAACAAGAUCACUUUCUCUGAACAGUGCUACUAUGUCUUUGGAGACCUUUGUGGCAAUAUGGCCCACCUAUCUCUCCAUGACCAUGAUGGUUCCAGUGGAGGUGCCUCAGACCAAGACACUCUCCCCCCUCUGCCCCACCCUGGGGCAGCCCCUUGGCCAAUGGCUCUGCCUUAUCAGUUCCCCAUUCCGCAUCCUUACGACCUGCCUCAGCCUUUCCAUGGUGGCCCUGGUGCUGGUAGUGCAGGCAGUCAGAACAGUGGAAGCAGCGGUUCUAACUGCAGCAAGAAUGAAGGUCGGAAAUCCGGCGGCAGUGGCAGUGAAUCUGAGAUCAGGAGCCACAGAGCUCCAAGUGAGCGCUCAGUUGCUCCCCCCAGCGAGCGAAGCAUCCGUAGCUCUGUCAGCCACCGCAGUGGCAACUCCCACUCAAUAGCCUAUGGGCCUGGCCUUGUCUACGGCCCCCCUGGCCUUCCUCCACAGCCUGCACAUUUGUCUACAGCUGCACCUGGUGCCCCACAAGGCAGAGAGCUGGCCUCUGUGCCUCCUGAGCUUACUGCAUCUCGCCAGUCUCUGCGUAUGGCAGUAGGCAAUGCUGGAGAGUUCUUCGUUGAUGUAAUGUGAUAGUGGGUUAUAGUGGGAUGACAAAGUAGCACAUUGUGUGUUAUCAUGACAAAAGGCUGAGAAGGACAGUGGAACCAACCUAGUUGUGCAUGCUGAGAGAAAAUGUUCUUCCUCACUUGUGCUUUUCCUUCUUGUAGUAAUGGCCAUACUUUCUUCAGUGAAGAACCCCCCCCCCCAAGAUGGAACCAAAGCGCCUUUUUACAUUUUCAGCUCAACAGGGGUGAACAGUUUGUGAAAGGACAAAGAGCAAGUGAGUGAGGGAGGCGGUGAAAACGGUCAGCUGCAGAAGAUGACUCAGCGCUUUUCCACAUGGAUGUUUUUUAUUUGCUCUGCUCUUCAUUCUUCCCACCUCUUUUCUGCUUUACUUAUCUAACAUUCUCUGUCCUCCCCCCACCCUUGUCCACGUCAAACCUAAGAGAAUGAAGCCUCAUCCCUCCCUCCCUUCUGUCAGUUCCCACUUGCUGACCUCUAAAAAGAACAAAAUAAACACUAACUCUUUACCUAAAUCAGAUCAUUAAACUAUUUGCUUGACUAGAGAGAAGGAAAGAAAGACAUGGAAAAUUUUGUAUGUAGUGCAAGAGAAUUGCAGUUUGUUUUUCUGUAAGAAUGCAUUUGUUUUAUUCUAUACAUAGUUGGUCACAACUAGUUUAAUUUUUCAAUGGUUAACAUGAGCAUUUUGCUCUCAAGAGUAAUUUUUACACUACAUUAUUACAUUUUGAUCUGCUAACCAGAGAAUCUUCAGACUGUCUUGUGAUAAUGUAUAGUGGAAAAAUUUCUUACUAUGUCUUUCACACUGCUUUUAUCACAGAAAAAUGCCUUUUUAUUUAUAAAUAUAGUUUUAUGACUUAAA